AUGACGACAAUUACACAACUACAACAAGUCGAGUUGAAAGACUCCCCCAUGUCUUCAACAAACGACAUAGGGGACCUGGAACCACACUUCAGCACAACAGCCAUACCAGACGGCGGCUACGGAUGGAUCAUCGUGUUCUGUGCAGCCAUCACCACAUUCUGGAUCAACGCGAUGAUAAACUGCUGGGGCGUGUUACAAUCCGCCCUACUUUCCUCCACCAUGUCCCACAGCCCAGCCUCCACCGUCUCUUUCAUCGGCUCGUUGAAUCUUGCAUGCGGCGUAGGAUUCGGGCUAUUCGCCACGCGAGCAGCACGCUCUUUUGGCUCGAAGACGACCGCCAUGUCAGGGAUAUUGCUGAUGGGAGUCGGUCAAAUAGCCGCGUCGUUCAGCACCAGAAACAUCGCUGGGAUGUUUGUUACCAUUGGACUUGUCGUUGGGGUAGGAAUGAGCGCGGUCUAUACCAUUUCAAACGCACUUCCAGUCCAGUAUUUCAGUGGCCGUCUCGGACUGGCCAACGGACUUGUGAAGUUAGGUGGAGGAAUUGGUGGGACAGUAAUGGCAGUUGCACUGCAAGCCCUCGUUGACCGGGUGGGGAUUGAAUGGACGUUUCGAAUUCAAGGCUGUAUGACGAUCGCAACUGGCCUUCCAGCUGCAUGGUUCAUGAGGGACUUGACAUCUACCAGGAACACCCCUUUUGUAGACUUCUCCAUGUUCCGAAGUCGAGCGUUUGUGGCAGUGUUCGUGGCUGGAGCUAUCGGUACAUUCGCACUAUUUGUGCCACCAUACUACCUCCCUCUGUUCGCUCAGUCGCUUGGACUAUCAUCUUCUACGGGUGCAACUCUUGUCGCUGCUUUCAAUCUAUGCAACGCUAUCGGCAGAUUCGUGAGCGGGCCUCUGUGCGACAAGAUCGGACCCACCAACACCUUCCUCAUUACCAUGAUAUUGAACGCCGUCAGCAUGCUUGCAAUCUGGCCGGUAUCAAACACACUAGCGCCAUUGGUGGUUUUCGCUGCUAUCAACGGAAUAGCAAAUGGAUCCUACUUCACCGUCGUACCAACAGUGGCUGCCAGCAUUUUCGGUCCUGGACGAGCAGCUGUGGCGAUGAGCAUGUCAGUAACUGGUUGGACGGUUGGAUAUCUGCUAGGUGCGCCAAUUGCGGGAUACCUGCUGCAAGCAGCUGGAGGGAAGGGGAAGGCGGAAUCAAUGAACAUUGAGGCUUUCAGACCAGCUAUCUUCUAUGCUGGAGGGGUUGCCUUGGUGUCAAGUCUGUUCGUUUUCAUUGCUAGGGUUAGCAUGGCGAAGCAAGUUGGCAGGAAGGUGUGA